ACGAGUCUUGCUCAAGAGGAUCAAAGUUCAAUGCAUUUGGAAGAUACUAACGUAACUGCUGCUGAACCAGUUCAGGAGGUAGUUUUCUAGGAAAGUGACAAAAUGGAAGUUAAAGAAGACACAAGUCUUACUCAAGAGAAUAAGAGUUCAAUGCACUUAGAAGAUACCAACCAAACUGCUGCUGAACAAGUUCAGGAGGUAGUUUUCUGGGAUCACUUGAAUAAAGUAUGUGAAAGUGGUGGUACAAAGGAAUCUGGAGAUUCCUUGAAGAAAACAGCAGAAACAGGUACCGGUGAUUCUUCUGGUAUAGGAAUGUUACAAACUGAAAGUUCAGUUGAGACUGAUGAAAUGAGUGAAGCCACUGGUCAAACAACAAUUAUAGCAAUGCAAUGGAGCUUAAGCAGUCACGAGAAAGAUUUUGUAAGUCCUCUUAGAACUCAAGUAGUCAGCAGAGGAUACCAAGGUACAAUUUAUAGAGCUGAAACUGAUGUUAGCAGUGCAGGAUGUGCGAUGCCUAAUCAGCUAAAUGUUGAAGAAAAUGCAAAAAUAGUGGGAAAAGAAGACAUUAAAAUCUGAAACUGUGUUGUUUGUCAGUGGAAAAAAUAUUAAUGAUCAGAGUUCUGAAGGAAAGUCUAGGGAAGAUGGCGUUUAUCAUCCAGUUUCAGAAUGUAUUGAC